CCCCUCCCUCCCUCGGCCUCCCCAGCAUGCCGCCUUUCCUAGGCCUAGCCAGGCGGCAUCGCGUCGUAGUAGCAGCAAUCCUCAUCGUCGCUGCCUUCUUCGUCUUUACACGCUCCUCAGAUCAACCACACCCAGCACGCGUCUCUUAUGACCGCACUCCAGGUCUCGGUCUCCACGACUGGGACGACGACGUCCCUCUAGAAGAGGAUGAUGUCUUCGCACCAUCCAGGAGUGGCCUCAAAGGUUGGUUCCAGUUCAGCGGUCUCAAGUCGCGUGGCCGCUCCAUCCUCAUCACCGGCGGUGCCGGCACCCUCGCCCACGCGCUUGCACCACGACUCAUCGACGAGGGCUUUAUCGUCCAUGCUCUCGAUAUCGUGCCCGAGCCAGCUACCCUUCCCCGUGGUGUCGUCUACCACCGCGGCAAUGUCGCAAGCACAUUCCGUGCCGUCCUCGAGGCUGGAGACUUUGACGGCAUCGUCCACUUUGCUGCCGUUUCUCUCGAGCAAUGGUGCGCGCCCAAGGAGGAAGAAUGCACCCGCGUCAACGUCGACGGUACAAAAGCCGUCAUGGACGCCAUCGAGGAUCGCUUCGCCGACUCGCGCAAGUCAGGCAAGGGCCUCUUUGGCCUCAGCUCUAGCACAAAAGUCCCGUGGAUCCUCUUUGGGUCUACGAUGGACGUGUUUGGACCCAACGCCAAGGACCCCGUCGACGAAGGCUCUCCGCAAGAGGCCGAGAGCGCUAUCGGGCGCACAAAGGCGACUGCCGAGGCCGUCGUCCGCGAUGGCUUCGAGCGCGCCCGCCAGGUCUCUCUAGGCAUCACACGUGGGGAAGACGGCUCGGAUAAGCGCGACGACAAGGCGGUCAAGGCCAAGACCAAAUCACUGCUGCACGCCGCCGUCGUCCGCUUCGCCGACAUUUACGGAUACCGUCGCGCGAGCUCGAUCCCCUCAGCCUUCUUCCCCAGACUCAUCCUCAACGCCGUCACCUCCCUGCCAAUUCAGUUCUCGUCCGACAGAGCGCCCAUGGACUUGCUCCAUGUCGAGGACGCAGUGGACGGCGUGCUCCGCGUCGUGCAGCUGUGUGACGGCAUUGCUCGCCUUGGCGACAAGGCCGAGCCCUCGCUCCUCACCGUAAACCUUGUGCACGGCGGCAAACGCUGGCCCGAGCAGGAGAUUGUGGAUGUCAUCCGCGCAGAGACGCAGUCUCUUUCGCCUGUCCGCGACAUUGGCGACAACAAGGCCAACGUCCGCGGUGUCGCAGAGUUCUCGAACAAGAUCGCCAAGGACACUCUCGGCUGGGAGCCAAAGAUCAGCCUCCCCGUGGGCCUCGCCAAGUCUGUCAUGCACCUUGCGCAGGACGCCGCCGACUACGCGAAGCACUUCCUGAUCGACCACUGCCCCAAGGACUCGAUUGUGCAGGAGCUCGGCGUUGAUGGGCCUCUCCGUAUGCUGCGGGAGGACUCGCGCAACACGCAGCUGUGGAAGCUCAACAGGUGCACUGUCAAUGUCGCUUUCGACAACGGCAACGGCUAUCUGCACCACCUCAAGUGUGAGGAUGGCAAGACAUGCAACGCCAACGGCAAGAAGGUGCCGUCAUACAACUGGAACUCGACCGUGUGGGUUGUCGAGGAGGUGCCCGGCCAGGCGCACACGGGUAACGGCAAGAUCUUGGCCCGCCUCUGGCAGGAGAACGGCAUGGGGUACCUCGGCAUUCCGGAGCAGGAGCUCCAGCUCGGCGAAGUCCACUUCGAGAUGUACACCAAGGACGACAAGACCCCGCACAUUGACACGUUCGAAAUUGAGGUGGCCCACGACUCGUCGUUCCUGUCCCUCGAGAUUCCCAAGCACAACAUGCAGGUCUGGACAAAGGCAACUGCGGACGAGGACCAGAGCGCGUUUGAGCUCAUUCCCAGCCAGGAUCCGCCUGCAUACAACAUGCGCAUGUCGGUGCUGUGCUGCCCCUCCGAGGGCGACUGGCCGCUCCUUCUCGACGACCACGAGAGCGCCGACUCUCGCUUCGGGUUUACGAACCAGAUCCCCUCCAACUCGUCGCGCCGCGCGCACUUGUGCCAGCGCGCACACGAUGCUCACACUUAUUACAUGGACAUCGCCGAACGGUCAAAGCAGGCCGCCAAGGAGGCGACCGGCGAGAUGCCCACGUCCAAGCCCCAGCCGCUCGCACCCCACCCCGACCAAUGGGCCCUGAAGCAGCUCCCGGCGUGUUGGAAUGACUGCGCGUCGCCCACUGUCUGCAUGCAGACGGGCAAGUGUCGCUGUGUGCAGGCCGACUCGUGCCCGCGUCGCCGUGAGAACCCACUCACAGCCAUCGCACGUGGGCCACGCGUACCGAUUACUCCCAACAAGUCCCCGCUCGGCCAGUUCAAGGGCUACGACUCGACCCUCAAGGACAUGGUGCCCAAAGUCGACUGGCGCGACCUUCUCUACCCCGAGGGGCGAGCGUACCUCGCCGCUCACCCCGAGUUUAUCAAGGUGCACGUCGUGAACGGCUAUCCGCGCCAGCAGGAAAUUGAGAGCGCCGACUGCCACAAUCUCCAGCCCAGCCACUGCUUCUCCGCCGACGCGAUCAUGUACAAGGCCAUGCGGCAUCUGAGCGUGCCGGCCGAGGAGGCCGACCUCAUCGUGUUGCCGGUGUACCAGCACUGCACGGGUGCCGACUUUAUCCUGCACGAGGUGUGGCACUACGCCGCCACGACGAUCAAGGGGAUUGACGGCUUCAGCAAGCCCACAUCUCUGGUCAUGACGCACGACUGGGGAAUCUGCCUCGCCUUCGAGUGGGAGAUCUGGAGCUCGCGUCCUCAGACCAAAAUGUACCCCGACCCGCUGCUGCGCAACACGAUCGUGUUCAGCGUUAUGGGCGACUGGGACUCUAACUGCUACCGCCCGGCGCAGGAUGUCGUUGUGCCCGCUCGCACAUGUCUGUCCAAGAAGCUGGUGGACACGUUCCCGAACGUUGAGCACAUUAUGCCUGCACGCGAGCGCCCCCGCCUCAUCACGUGGUCUGGCACGUUCUGGGGCACGGGCAAGAACGAGCGCCUCCGCCUGACCUGCCCCCGCGGCGGCGUGGCUGACGAGGAGCUGCUGCCGGGUCAGGGCCCGCAGUCCAAGUUCCCCCGCGCAUGGGACGACUACAUGGUGGAGCUGAACACGGCACGUUUCUGCCCGCAGCCGCGCGGUGUUGCCGGCUGGUCUCCCCGCGUCAACGAUGCGCUCUAUGCCGGCUGUAUUCCCGUGCUCAUGGCUGAGGCGUCGCACUACCCCUUCGCCUCGAUGAUCGACUGGAGCCAGAUCAGUGUGCGCAUCCACCCUACCGAGCUCGACCAGGUCGAGCGCAUCUUGAACGACAUUCCGAUCGAGCGCGUCGAGCAGCUGCAGGCUAACAUUGUCGCGAUCCGCGACGCGUUCUUGUACGCGACGGACGAGCGGCCAGAGGACGAGCUGGACCGCCGCGGGCCCAUGUUCUUUGCGCUGCAUGAGGCGGGGAUGCGCCUGCGCACACAGUAUGCGCGCGCCUAGGGAUUUUUUGUGAGGGGCUUGUUUGAGAUUUAUGCAUAGACUUGAGGUUG